CAGUUCAUUCACUUUGCGCAUCUAGAGUAUACACAAAGAAACCACCAACUCCCGAUCCUGAUCUCCGAGCUUCGCACCAGGUCGCCGUCCACAUCACUCCCCGACUGUCGAACUCAAAUCUAGCACGACUACCUCAUCAUAAUUCAUUAAAAUGCCUCCCAAGCAGAUCCAAGUCCAGCCGGCUUCCCGCCGCAGCCAACCCAAAGGCUACUUCAGCUCAGUCUACCACACCCUGACAUCGCAAGAGAAUGCAAGCGUGGUGAUCAGUGUCGCCAUGUUCGGAGCCGCCGUCGCAUUCUUCAACUCGGAAUGGAGUGAUAUGCUCCUGCCAGGCUUCUAGACCUCCAUUGUACCUACGACUAUCUCUCAGCACUUUCGAAAUCCCGGUCGACGUCGACAAACUCCGCUCUGAACGCCCUACCUUGGGCUCCUAUGUUCAUCCCGGCACGAGGAUAAGCUGGGACGGCUGAUUUCAUGUAUACUACCCGCUGGGAGCCUCCCGCUUGAUCACGGCAAUUGAAUGUACGGUGUGCUUGGUGAGGCGUACUGCUAUUCGAACAAGAAGCCCCCCCCACCGUGAAAAGCAGGACAUGGUGCAAAGACUGCUGCUGCAGGCAUUGUGUUGGGGUGGGAGGCGUUCGAUUUUGCUGUGCUUGCAGAUACCAGAAUGUCAAGACCUGGAGGCGAAAAUGUAGGGACAGUUACUUGGGACAAUCCCAGUUGUACAACAAUGCAAAUACAUGUCUGCAAAUACGUGUCCGCACUGACAACCACACCCCUGCAAUCUACACUUGAGAGCGUGCACUCGGUGUAGUAGCCAAUCACUGUAUA